AUGCGUCUAUCACUCAAGUUAUUACUCGCUACGGGCAUAACCCUAGUAUCAGCUUUGGCUAUACCACCACAAGAAAAUCAAACAGACGGGCUCUACCCAACAGAGCAAGGUGUAAACAUCCCAAUCACGCUAGUAAAAUGCACAGGCUAUAAUUUAGACCCAUUCGAUGUCAUCAAUGCCAGGAACAAACUCGCCGAAUGGGGCGUAAAACACGGCAAAGUCCCGGGAAAGUCGAUGAAAAAGGAGAGAUCCGGCGACGUGGUGUGGUACGUCUGCAACUGCAAGUGGAUUCACAAGGACGGCUUGGCGAUCGAGGAGCUCGAGGAGGCCGAGAACCAAGUCUUCAAGAGAUGCGGCGAGUACCAGAGUGGCUAUCUCUGGAGCCACCACUGGGAGAAGGUGUACGAUAUACAGCCGAUGGAUUGGGUUAACAAGCUGCCGCCAACCUGGAACUGGUGCCCAAGGGACUGCGCCUUUGACGAGGUUGGGAAGGGAGAGUUUUUCACGUCGAAUUCCACAUCAAAUUCCACGUCAAACUCCACGGAAUCUUGA